AUGGAAGAGAAAAAGAAAAUAGAAUCUAAGCCUAAUAAUUGUCUUAGUAGAAAAGAAAGAAGAGAAGCUUUUAAAAAGAAAAUUAAAGGUAGAAAAGAAAUGAAAAAGAAUAGAAUAAAUCAAUGUAAAGAACUUGUUGAACAAAAGAUUGAGAUUAUUGAUGGAAUGAGAUGGGUUGUUCCAUAUCUUUAUUGGUUUGAAGUUAUGGUUAAAGAGAGGUGGAUUGGAAAAGAAAUUAAAGAAAUAAUGAAAGAAGAAUUUCAUUAUUCAGACGAUGACAUUACUAGAGCAUUUGAAAAAGGGUUAUUAAAAAUUAAAAGAAAUAAUAAUGAAAUAAAUGAGAAUUGUAUUGUUAUACAAGGAGAUAUUUUAUUAAAUCAAAUACAUCGUCAUGAAUUACCUGUUCCAUAUUUGUUACCAAUUAUUUAUGAAGAUAAUGAUGUUAUUGUUGUCAAUAAACCAAGUGGAAUACCUACACAUUCAGGAGGAAGAUAUACAGAAAAUACAGUUAUAAGAAUAUUAGAAAAAGAACGAAACAUAAAAUUGUUUGGAGUUCAUCGAUUAGACCGUUUGACAAGUGGAGUAUUACUAAUAGCUAAAAGUUCUGAAAUAGCAAAUGAAAUACAACGUCAUUUUAUAAAUGCAUAUAAAAAAUAUAUUUGUAGGGUAAUUGGUUAUAUGGAUAGUUGUAUUGUUAAUAAGCCUAUUAUUGAAACAUCGUGUAUUACUAAACAACGAGUUACUGUUGGUUGUGAAGGAAAAGCUUCAACUACUAUUUUUGAACAAAUUCAAUAUGAUGAAAAAACUGAUACAACUCUUCUUUGGGCUAUUCCAAAAACAGGAAGGAUGCAUCAAAUAAGAGUUCAUUUAAGUUAUGAAAAUCAUCCAAUAGCGAAUGAUUCAAUGUAUAGAAAUAAAAACGAAUAUUGUACUCAUUUUUCUAUUCCAGAAAACUGGAAACAACCAGAAUGUAAAGAAUGUACUUCAGGAAUUGAAAUACCUCAAGAAAAUUUAUGGUUGUCUUGUGUUGAGCUUUCAGUUGAAUAUCAUGGCACAACGAAAACAUUUAUCUCCGAGAUUCCAAAAUGGGGAACAAAAAACUAUGAUUGUAGUAAAGAUCUCCAAGAAUGGAGAACAGUUCAUAACCAAAUACUUUCAGAAGUUAAUUAG